AUGCUGCGUAGCGUAGUGGUGUUGGUAACAGGCGCCAGCUCAGGUAUAGGAGCUGCGAUUGCCCAGAAAUUUGCUGAAGAAGGAGCUGAUGUAGCAAUAGUAGGAAGAAAAGUGGAUAAAUUGAGGAAUGUCUCCGAAAACAUUGCAAAGGUCGGUAACAAGCCGCUAGUAAUAGUCGCUGAUGUGACGAAAGAAAGUGAUGGUCAAAGAAUCAUCGACGACACUCUAAAACAAUAUGGAAAGCUCGAUGUACUGAUCAACAACGCAGGCAUUGGUGGAGCAUCUAACAUCUUAGAGGAAGAUGCAAUGACAGCAUUUGACCGUAUUAUGGCAACCAACCUUCGCUCAGCUGUGUACCUGACCCAUCUAGCUGGCAAGCACCUGUUUGAAACGAAGGGAAAUAUUAUAAAUAUCUCCAGUGUGGCUGGACAGCAAGCUAUGGCACAAGCAUUCGCUUACUGCACGUCUAAAGCUGCACUCGAUCAUUUCACAAGAUCAGUGGCACUUGAAUUCGCUUCGAAUGGAGUUCGCGUGAAUGCUAUUUGCCCUGGUCCUGUGAAGAGCGAUAUCUUUGAAAAUGUGGGUUUCAGCGCAGAAAUUAUACCAGCUUUGUGGGACAUGAUGCUUCAAAUGACACACCUUAAAAGGAUAAGCGAUCCGCUGGAAAUUGCUGAACUGGCAUGCUACUUGGCAAGCGAUAAGGCUGUUGGCAUUACGGGGUCAAUAUUUGUCAGUGAUAAUGGGGUUCUGCUGGGUUCUAAUGCUAAAUCUUAAUUUGUAGCUUAUUGCCUAUUUUAGAGAGACGUUGUUAAUCGUGGUUGUAUUUUAAGGACAUUAAAUGCUGGCUAAGGACUGUU